ACAAGAUUGGCACAAUCGACUCGUUCUACUGCAUCCCAACUUCACUGUGAACCUGAGCCGGUGUUAAACAGGGUCGCUCCAAGGAACCGCUCGCCAUGACAGACUUACUUACCGACUCGGAAACGCCGGCGGCGGACCAGACUUCGGGCGGUGCAUCGUCAAAACAACAACAACAACCCACCCCCACUGGCAGUCGACGCCCAGGUCCGCCCUUCCCCCUCAAGCUCCCGAUCCUCGAACACCUCAAGUCGAAGCGCGUGAUCCUAGCCUCCGCCUCUCCACGCAGGAAAGCCCUCCUCGCCCAAGUCGGGCUCACGAACAUCGAGAUCCUCCCGUCCACCCUGCCAGAGGACCUACCCAAGACGUCCGGCCCGCACGAAUACGUCGCGGCGACGGCGCGCCAGAAAGCCCUCUCCGUCUAUCAGACCGCCGUGGAGACGCACCUGGCCUCGAUACCGGACCCCGAUCUCGUCAUCGCCGCCGACACCAUCAUCGUCUCCCGCGACGGUCGCAUCCUCGAGAAGCCGCGCUCCGAGGCCGAUCACGUGCGCAUGCUCCGCCUCCUCCGCGACACCGUCGCCCACCACGUCCUGACCGCCGUGUGCGUCGUCGCCCCGCGCGAGGACGCCCGCCAUCCGGGCUACGAGAUCGCCUCGCAUACGGAGCAGACCAAGGUCUUCUUCGUGCAGGAGGGCGACGGGCUGCCGGACGACGUCAUCGAGGCGUACGUCAAGACCCGGGAGGGUGCCGACAAGGCGGGCGGUUACGCUGUGCAGGGACUCGGUGGCGUGGUGCUCGUGGAUAAGAUUGAAGGGAGCUUUGAUAAUGUGAUUGGUCUACCUGUGAGGAAGACGCUGGCUUUGGCGGAGAAGGUGAUAUUCAAGCAGAACGUGGACGAGGAGACGUUUGUGAGCGACGAGGAGGGGGAGGGGGCCUUUACGUAGAGGAUGCUCGCGUGGAACGACCCGAGUUUGAGCGGGUCGGAGAUGGGUAUGCGUCUGCUGGACGGCGUAUAUCUCGAGACGGAUAGACGACAAAAGGAUAGAUUUCGGC